CUUACAGCAUGGGAAAUUAAACUUGUACCCAUUUCAACAUGGAAGUGAUACUUAUACGUUUUCUUUUUGCCUGUUUAAUCUUAUCACCGGCUGUUUCUGAACCAGUUUGUUCUAAAUUUGCCUAUGUAGAACAACUCCUGGAGAAAAUGGUUAGGGUGGAAUUUAAUGUUGGACAGAUGGAAAGGGAAAUAAAGAAUACCAAAAGCCUCGUUCUGGAAUCUUUGCAGCAACUAAAACAAACCCGUGAGAAAAUGACCGAGGAAUUCGAAGCGUUGAAACUUGAAGCCAAGAAUGCGUUAGACGAGAAUGAAGUGAAGGUAUCGAAGGAAAUCGAUGAUCUAAGAGCAGAAACGGGGAAAGCCAAUAAAGAAUAUGAUGAAAGGACGAAGCAGUUAGGAGGAGCGGUUUCGAUACCAAAUAUUGCGUUUAAAGCCAGAAUUCCUUCCUCACUUGACCCAGUAGAGAACGAGGUGAUUGUUUUCACCAAGAACAUUGUAAAUAUUGGAAAUGCCUUUGACAACACUACAGGGAUAUUUACAGCUCCGAUAGAUGGCACAUAUCUUUUCACAAGCCAGCUUUGUCUUGUAUCAGGAAAGCAUAUCACAUUUGGUAUAUAUAUUGAAGACGUGUUAUAUACUGUGGGUAGAUUCUACGAGAAGAACUUUUAUCAUUGUUUUAAUGUGGAAACCACGGCUGUCAUGAAAGCCAACCAGACGUCGUCAGUAAAAAGCUGGUCUGCCGACACAGGAAACAUACUGUAUGGAGACGAAAACCAUAGAUGGAACGUAUUUUCUGGGACAUUGGUUCAUAACUCAAUUUACAUCAUUGAAUAAAGAGAUGAAAAUGUGAGUCGUCACGCUAAAAUGUAAAAAGGAAUUUACUGUCUGGCUGAACAUUUUCGAAAACAACUUUUUAAAACUAUUUUCAAUGUAUGUUUUCCCUGCUUAAGACACUUUAUGCAUAAUUUAUGCAUAUAAUUAUUACUUGAGUAAGACUGUAUACCGAUCAGGAGAGAAUAUAUAGAAGCUUGCAGGAUAAUCCUAAUGACAUCCAGCCAUCAUGUUAUGCAGCCAUAAUCUGGGUCAUAUUCCUAUGACAACUCCAAACAUUUUACAUACCCUCUAAGUCAAUGGAGUGAAAAAGAGUAGUGUUCCGGAAUGUAUAGAACAUGUGCGGACUGUUUUAAAUAAAACAUUGUGCAGACAGACCAGUCACAUUGUCUUUUCAAGACAGGUGAUGAUGAAAUCUGCAGCACCUCUCCCGCUCCUAGCACUGGUGGAUAGCUCUACUUUUUAUGAACAUUGAAUGGACGUUAUGAUUCCAAAGGAUUAGAAAAUAUAAAAGCCAAAGGAACGUGUCAUUACAUAUUUAUUCCCCCAAAACUGUAGACUUUUCUUUAAGGAAAUGAAAACAUGAAAACGUUCUCUUUGAUUCCGAAAAGAAGCGGUUUGAGAUACGCUGUGAAUGUAAAUGCAUUGUCUGAUCCGAAUUUUUCAACUGUAUGAUACAAGGAAAAUCGUUACACUAGAGGACUGAAUGAAGAUGCACCCGAUGAUGACUUCGAUGAAGCUUCUCGGUCUAGAGAACCGCCUUUAGAUUGCGAUACAGUACAAGUAUCUGACUGUUCAAAGUGAUAAGUUCGGUGAUGAAAUCAAACACACCUUUGAAUAAGCAUCUAGUUUCAGGAAACAUUCUUUUGAAAAUAUAGAUACAUUUUAAUUUAGAAGAUUUAACAGAAGUGAUUUCUGUGUAGACUGAAGCUAUAAACACUUUUGAGUUGUUUCGUUAUUGCGAAUCUUUAAGCGUACAAUAUAAAUAUAUUGUUUUGAGGAUUUUGAUAAAUAAUGAUAUGAGGGCGGAAUCAAAGAAUUUUGUGUAGAUGAUAUCUAUUCAAAUACUAAAUGUACAUAAGAAUGACAUCACAGAAAGUGAACAUUUAAGAAAUGGUUGUGAUAGCAUCUUAUACAACUCUUUGAUGUUAACCCUCAUCAUGCUGGACACAAUUGAUUCUGCCUUAGCGACUAUUCGCCAUUCAGUCAGUAUCUUUUUGGUAUGCACCCCUUUUAACAAUUAAUGGUACAGUCCAAAGUGAAAAAUGGACAAGUUCGUUAUAGAAAUUUAGGAGUUUAAGGGUUAAAAAAAUCUCUGUCUGUUACAUCCUCGGUCAUCAUACAUUGAGUUUAUGAUUUCAUAUACAUGUAUGUCCAGUCAUGAAUCCUAUCAGAUUUUUACGAAAUAUGCUUAUCUAAAAACAGUUUAUUUACAAAUAUUUUAAUAAUGUAUCUGAAGGUUGUAUGUAUAUGGCUUUAUUAAUAGUGUUGGCUGCACAAAUUAUUAUUAAGUUCAAAAAUAAGUCAUUUCAGAUUUUUAUGUUAACGAAUUAAAAUGUUCUUGCCAGUUACCGCUCUAACUGUUGAGUUUAUAAUUACUACGUUUGUAGUGUGACAUCAUAUAUCAGUGAGAUUUCUAUUGAGUGUAAAUAUGAGGUAGUUAUUUGUUUUAUGGUGUCUGUCAGGUUCUUACGUACAUUAACUUAAGUGUUGUUAUUAUUUUUAUCCUUUAGGAUCAUGGAGUAAAUUCACCUUUUUCUGACUGUGCAUAAUAUAGUCCCGCAUCAGACGGUGCUAGGGGCUUGAAGUCGUUGCACUUUUCAUGAACAGACCCAAUCAAACCGAGUCUGUUAUUACUGUGCUUGGCUGCAUUUCAUACUUCCAAAUGAUUUUCUUAUAGUGUUUUUAAAUUUAAAAAAUAGAAUACAUAAUAUAUAAUCUCCCCGUACUUGGA